AUGGGGUCAACAGUCACGGCAGAUGAGCGCAAUGCGCGGACUAUUCAUACAGCAGCAUGUUUGAUUAUUGGUGAUGAGGUUUUGGGUGGAAAGGCAGGUCCAACCAAAGAUACCAAUUCCAACUACAUGGCAAAAUGGUGCUUCAAUUUGGGAAUUAAUCUCAAGAGGAUUGAAGUCAUCGCCGACGACGAAGAUGAAAUCGUCGAGGCUGUCCGCCGUAUGAGUGACCGCUACGACUUUGUAGUCACCAGCGGAGGCAUCGGCCCCACCCACGACGACAUUACCUACCAAUCGAUAGCCAAAGCCUUCGGUCUGCCUCUCAAGCUGAACGAGGAGGCUUUUGAACUCAUGAAAAAGCUUUCUGUUCCCCGCAAGGGCGAGCCACCGUUCAACUGGGACGAGCCAUCGCCCGUUCUCACUGCAAAGCUCCGCAUGGUGGAGCUACCGACAGACGUCAACAGAGACCCGGCGAAGCAGUUCCUCUUUCCUUGCAAGGAACUUUGGGUGCCAGUUGCGGUGGUCAAUGGAAAUGUGCACAUCUUGCCGGGCGUGCCUAGGUUGUUCGAGAAACUCCUAGACGGCCUCAAGCCUUCCAUCCAACCGCGCCUAGUCGAUCCCGACGGCAAAGGUAUUUCCAGAGUUACCAUCUCCACGCCACUCCCUGAGAGCGCUAUUGCCGCUUAUCUCACUGAGCUGGCAGCGAGAGUUGAGCCCAAGGGCGUCAAGGUUGGAAGCUACCCCCGAUGGGGGGACAAGCAUAACACAGUUACCCUUGUUGGAAAAGACAAAGACUUCCUCAACUCCAUCGCCCCCGAAGUCAGUCACUUCGUCAAAGGCCAGAUCGUGACUACCGAAAGCGAGGAUGACACUAGUAGUUAG